CGAUCCUAUACUUUUUUUCUUUUUAAUUAUCCUUGACUUAUCCAGCGAGAAGGCAGGGUGACUCCGUUGUUUGGGUACUUAUUUUCCGAUCAUUUGACGAGGUGACCCGUUGUCAAAGCUCGGAGGAAGUGUUGAGCUAUAAUUCGGGCAUUAGGUAGAAAAGUCUUGGCAGCAGAGCUCAACACCAAAUUGUUCGCUCCCGUCUGACCCAACGUCCCUCCUUCUCACCUCCUCCCAACGCCUAUUCAUCUCCGCCCCGUCUCUCCCUUCUCCUGGUCACAUUGCAAGAUGUUGUCGCGGUCAAUUAGGAGGACAAUUGCCUCCCCUCUCAGGCGCAGCGCCUUCGCUCCCGCAUCGCGACCUGCUUUCAGGACUGUCACUACCGAUGCCGCUUCGUCGCACGCAGACAAAGAGGCCGUUCCCAAGGAGGAUGACAAGCCUUUCGAAGUUCGUCUCUCCGAUGAAAGUUUCGAGACUUACGAGCUUGACCCUCCUCCGUACACCUUGAACACCACCAAGGGUGAAUUGAAACAGAUGUACUACGAUAUGGUCGCUGUCCGACGAAUGGAAAUGGCUGCAGACAGACUAUACAAGGAGAAGAAGAUUCGUGGUUUCUGCCAUCUGUCCACUGGUCAGGAAGCCGUUGCUGUCGGUAUCGAGCAUGCAAUUGACAGGCAGGACCAUCUCAUUACCGCCUAUCGAUGCCACGGAUUUGCUAUGAUGCGCGGCGGCACCGUUAAAUCCAUCAUCGGCGAGUUGCUCGGAAGGCGAGAGGGUAUUGCCUACGGAAAGGGAGGGUCCAUGCAUAUGUUCGCACCUGGAUUCUAUGGUGGAAACGGUAUUGUCGGUGCACAAGUUCCUGUCGGUGCUGGUAUUGCUUUCGCACAGCAGUACACCGACAAGAAGAACGUGACUCUUGCAUUGUACGGAGACGGAGCAUCUAACCAGGGCCAAGUCUUUGAGGCUUUCAACAUGGCAAAACUCUGGAACCUCCCGGUCAUCUUUGGUUGCGAGAACAACAAGUACGGAAUGGGCACUGCUGCCAACCGUGCCGCCGCUCUCACCGACUACUACAAGCGUGGUCAAUACAUUCCCGGCCUCAAGAUCAACGGUAUGGACGUUCUCGCUGUCAAGGCCGCCGUCCAGUACAGCAAAGAGUGGUGCGCUUCCGGCAAGGGUCCUCUUGUACACGAAUACGUCACCUAUCGUUACGGAGGUCACUCUAUGUCCGACCCUGGAACCACAUACCGAACUCGUGAGGAGAUCCAGCGUAUGCGCAGCACCAACGAUCCUAUCGCCGGGCUCAAGCAGAAACUCCUUGAUUGGGGCGUCACCUCCGAGGAGGAGCUCAAGUCCAUCGACAAGGAGGCCCGCAGCAACGUCGACGCCGAGGUCGCUGAGGCCGAGCAGAUGGCUGUUCCAGACGCCACUGGCACGGUGCUCUUUGAAGACAUCUACGUGCGUGGUUCAGAGCCAGAGUUCUUGAGAGGACGCAUUCCUGAGGAGAACUUCUACUACACUGAGGUCGACAUGGGUAAGGAGAAGAAGCCGGUUGCCAGAACAUAAGCAAUGGUUGGAGGGACGAUUCGUUAUCGAUUGUAAACUUGAUCUUGGAAGAAAGAUUGUAAUAUUACAUCUAUCCGUGCAGUAUGCAUGCUAGGGUAGCGUGAAGCGUGGAUUGUACCUACUUUU